UGCGCACGGUUUGUUGACAUCCGGGUAUUUUCCCUUCUUCUUCGGUCUCGUGCUGGGCUAUGUCUCACGGGCACAGCCACGGCGGGGGCAGUUGUUGCCAUGGCGACGAUCCUGAAGAGCCACCCGAGCGGCGUGGCCAAGCUUGGGGCCUUUACUUGCGCAUUGACCGCGAACGGCUGGAGUGCCUGAACGAGCGCCGGGAGGGCAGCGGGAAGCUCGUCUUCCGCGCCUGGGAGGAUCGCGGCGACCGUCACCAGUUUGUUGAAAGUGAUGAUGAUGAAGAGCUUCUGUUUAAUAUUCCGUUUACAGGCAAUGUGAAGUUGAAAGGGAUAAUUGUGAUGGGAGAGGAUGGUGAUACGCAUCCGUCGGAAAUGCGCCUGUUUAAGAAUAUCCCCCACAUGUCUUUCGAUGACACUGCCAGAGAACCAGAUCAGACAUUUAGCCUGAACCAUGACGUUACGGGAGAACUGGAGUAUCCUACCAAAAUUGCUCGUUUUUCUAGUGUUCAUCAUCUCUCCAUACACUUCUCCAAGAACUUUGGUGCUGAGACAACAAAGAUCUUUUACAUCGGCCUGAGGGGGGAAUGGACAGAGCCUCACCGCCACGAAGUGACCAUCUGCAACUACGAAGCAGCAGCAAACCCAUCUGACCACAAAAUUGAUCAGAUCACACCGCAAACACACUUCAUUUCUUAACUUCGGAGGCUCGUACUGCCCGACCGUUGUGUGAACUUGGAACACUUGAGGAGAGAAGGACUGUCAUGGCUUUUAUCCUUUCCAUGUGCAAGGAUUUUGUUUUGUUUCGGAAAAGCAGGGUGCCAAACAUUUGCCGAUCAUGUGAAAAACAAUUCCCACUUCUACCAAAAAGACAGUUGCAGCUUAGAAGCUUGAAAGCUUCUUGCUGGUCUGCACAGCAGUUGUCUCGACUAGAGAAUAUCUUUUUGUAGAGCUGACUGUUUUCUCAACAAUCGAAUUGGCUUCUUAACUGAUAGCCAGCAUAUAUAAAAUGUGAGGCUUUUUGGCAACAAAGUUGGAAUCAUUUGCACAAUCUGAGUUUGGUUCUGGCUUUAGAAUGUAACUUAUGAGAGAGGUGGGAUGAGUGACUUCCUAGGUACAAUCCUAGUUAACUUCCAGGUGUGUUAAUGUGACUUAAACAGGCCCAUUAUGCCUCUUUGUAGGUGUUUAUUCAGUGGCCUACUUGUUGAUGCGUGAUAGCUUCAGGUGUUUUCCUAAAAUCUAGGGAGCUGAAGAGUUAGGAGUCUGUUCUAGGAGUCCCUUUCCAACCAAAAUGGUUUGACUGGUUCCCUCCUUCCAAUAAAUAUGGUGAAGUGCUUA